AUGAAGGUCCAAGCUGACAAACACCGCUCCCAACCCCCCCCUUAUCGCCAGGGGCAACAGGUGUGGCUCUCCACCCAAGACCUCCCCCUCAAGACUGAGUCCCGUAAGCUCUCUCCCCGCUUCAUCGGACCCUUUCCCAUCGCCGGAGUCAUCAGUCCCACCGCUGUUCGUCUCAACCUCCCUGGUCCCCUUCGCCGCAUCCACCCCACCUUCCACGUUUCCCGAAUCAAGCCAUUUAUUUGUGCCCACGGAGUGCGAGAGGAGCCCCAAUUUGUGACGGCACGUGCAGGAGAGAACGUCAUCCUGGGAUGCGACGUGUCCCACCCCCUGAACGGCCAGCCCUAUGUGGUGGAGUGGUUCAAGUAUGGAAUGCCCAUCCCCUUCUUCAUCAAUUUUCGCUUCUACCCUCCUCACGUGGACCCAGAAUAUGCUGGCCGUGCCAUACUGCAUGGCAAGUCCUCCCUGCGGAUAGAGAAUGUGCGUUCAGACGACCAGGGCUGGUACGAGUGUAAGGUGCUGAUGCUGGAGCAGCAGUACGACACCUUCCACAACGGCAGCUGGGUGCAUCUAACCGUCAAUGCGCCCCCCACAUUCACAGAUACGCCACCUCAGUACGUAGAAGCCAAGGAGGGCGGGAGCAUCACUUUGACCUGCACGGCCUUUGGCAACCCCAAGCCCUCAGUCAGCUGGCUGCGGGAGGGCACUCUCAUGGUCAGCAGUGCCAAGUAUAAGGUGUCUGAUGGGAGUUUGACGGUGCUAUCCAUCACUCGGGAGGAUCGAGGAGCCUACACAUGUCGAGCGUUCAGUCCCCAGGGAGAGGCCAUUCACACCACACGGCUACUUGUCCAAGGCCCUCCAUUCAUUGUGUCACCGCCAGAGAACAUCACAGUGAACAUCUCGCAGGAUGCCUUCUUCACCUGCCAGGCAGAAGCCUACCCCCGCAACCUGACCUACACGUGGUUCUGGGAGAAGGACAACGUCUUCUUCAAGAAUGACUUAAAACGCAGAGUCAGUAUUCUCAUCGACGGCUCCCUCAUCAUUGCCCAAGUCAAGCCAGAGGAUAAUGGGAAAUACACAUGUGCACCGAGCAACAGCCUGGGCCGACCACCGACUGCCUCUGCUUACUUAACAGUCCAAUAUCCUGCCCGCGUGGUAAACAUGCCAUCCGUCAUCUACGUGGCCAUUGGUUUGCCAGGCUUCAUCCGCUGUCCUAUAGAUGCUAACCCCCCUGUAACUCUAGUUAAGUGGAAGAAAGAUGGCCUCCCUCUCCGGAUAGAUAAGUACCCUGGUUGGAGCCAAAUGGAGGAUGGUAGCAUCCGCGUGGCAGAGGUGACAGAGGACUCUCUCGGCACCUAUACCUGCAUGCCUUACAAUGCACUGGGAUCCAUGGGAUGGUCCCCUCCUGCUCCCCUGGUGCUAAAGGACCCUCCCAAAUUCUCAGUGGUUCCUGGAGGGGAGUACAGGCAGGAGGCUGGGAGAGAGCUGGUUAUUCCCUGUGAGGCAGAGGGAGACCCCUUUCCCAACAUCACAUGGCGGAAGGUAGGGAAGCCCAGCAAAAGCAAGCACAAUGUUCUGCCCCGUGGCAGCUUACAGUUCAAGUCACUCACAAAGGAGGACCACGGGGAGUGGGAGUGUGUCGCCACCAACGUUGCCACGAGCAUCACUGCCAGCACGCACGUCCAAGUGAUAGGCACAAGCCCCCACGCCCCCACCAGAGUCCACGUGGUGGCAUCCUCCACCUGGGCCAACGUGUCCUGGGUGGCGGGCUAUGAUGGAGGUUUCCCACAGACAUUCUCAGUCUGGAUGAAGAGGGAGCAUUUAGGUCCACAUGACUGGCUUUCCAUACCCGUGCCUGGAGGCCACGACUGGAUGUUGGUGCCUGGUUUGGAGCCAGAGACAACAUACCAGUUCAGCGUCCUGGCCCAAAACAAGCUCGGUACAGGACCCUUCAGCGAGGUUGUCACUGUGAACACACUAGUAUUUCCUAUAAGUACCCCUGAACCAUUGGUGCUGCUUACCCCACCACGGUGCCUCACAGCCAAUCGCACGCAGCAGGGAGUCCUGCUCACCUGGAUCCCGCCUGCCAACCACACAGCACCUAUCCAGCAUUAUGUCAUGGACUUUCGCCUGGGGGAGAGGUGGGAGGUCUUGGACGACAGCAUUACUGCUGGGGAGACGGAGUUGCUUGCCCGAGACCUCAUCCAGGAGGCGUGGUAUGAGUUUCGUGUUAUGGCCGUCAUGGAUAACAUGAUCAGCGAGCCCAGUAAUGUAGUGGGCGUGUCCAGCACAGACUUCUUCCCUCCUCCAGAGAUGGUGGAGGAGCGUGGACUGGCACGGCCUGUGGUGGCGGGCAUUGUGGCCACCAUCUGUUUCCUAGCAGCAGCUGUCCUGUUCAGUACAAUGGCCGCCUGCUUCGUCAACAAACAGCGCCGGCGGAAGCUCAAGAGGAAAAGAGACCCUCCUCUAUCCAUAACCCAUUGCAGAAAAAGUCUGGAAAUUCCGAGUCCAAUUAGCUUCAUUCCCAGCAUUGAGCCCUACUGGGAGGGGCUGGACGCAAGCAGGUACAGGCCCCAACCUUCCAGUCCUCAGUGAGUGUGCCAACCAUUGUGCCCCUGUUCUUGCACACUGUAUACACCCCAUUGCACUCGGGUUCAGCCCCAGCCCCUCAGACUCCUGAUACCUGUCUGCAUGCUUGUGGCUCAAUGUUCCCACCAGGCAACAACAAUACUAGUCACAGUCUUUCAGGAAAGGUCAAGGACCUUUCAUGUCAUAGCUUGACAUUA